CGGCCAUGAUGUGGCGCGAAUCGCUUUAGUGCCAUGUGAAUUGGUGUUUGUGCUUCCUUGUUUUUUGCGUUAUCUUUCGGUAUUUUAAGCACAAUGAAUCUCGAGGAAGAAGUUUUCAAGAUUGGCAAGCAGCUGGAAAAGAUAGUCGGCCAAGAAGGAGCGAUGGAUUCUGACAGUGCAGUGGAUCUUUUAAAAAUGCUUAAAGAUCUUCCCAUUACUCUGGAAGUACUGCAGAAAACAAGAAUAGGUAUGUCUGUCAACACUCUGAGAAAGAAAAGUGAAAAUUCAGACCUGCAAACCCAAGCCAAGUCACUCAUAAAAUCCUGGAAGAAACUCUUACCUGGUAAGAUGAGUAUAUUUUUCAAGUGA